AUGUCCACAAACAGACCCUUCCUGGCCAACUUCCUGGCCGCCUUUCGAGCCCAAUCAUCCUCCAACUUCAAGGCCUCCUCUUCAUCCACCACCGCCUCUUCCUCCACACAAAACGCGAGAACUAUAGCUACCAAGGCUAGUUCAUCAUCUCCUGGUCCUUCAUCUUCUUCAGCCUCGGGUUCAGCAACAGCAGUCGCCGCCGCCGCCGCCGCAGCGUCCGCAUCCGCUACAGAACGAGGGUCCUCACCGAACACCACCGCCGCAGCAAACCGCUCCUCCUCACCAACAACCGAAUCGUACCCAUCCACCUCUUCACCCAUACCCAUCACAAACGCCAACACCGCCGCCAACACACCCGCAGUCUCAGAGUACCACCAACGCCGUCGCGGAAGCGACAGCUCCAGCGGCUCUGGAGGGGGUAGCGGCGGCGGAGGAUUCCGCGAUGCCCUGGGCCCUGAAAAGUGGUAUAUUGGGGGACGGUCGCCGGGUGGGGAGGAGAGGUUUUAUCGGCUGGGGAUGGUUACGAAGGGGGGUGGGAGAUUGGGGGCUAUGGCUCGGGUGGGGAGCUUUGAUCAGUUGAGUUUGUGA